AUGGGCUCCGAUUACGAGCUGGUCCCCAUUGACGAAUUUGACGCGCUGCUUGUUGACACCCCAACAACCCGCACUUCAAAGUCUUCAUCGCCUUUGCGUGAGUUGGGGAAGGCCAAGGAGGCUCGGCAGAAGCCAUCAUUCCCUCUCUUUUCGAGCAAUGACCCGGCUGAGGAGAGGCGCUUCUUGCAAUGGCUUCAUGCGGACCUUGGGAAGUUUCCGGCUAAAACCCACGCGCGCAAGGUCGCAACCGAGCUGGGUGUGCCGUCUGGCAUGAUUUAUCUCCUCGGCCAGGAGGACACACUCUAUGAGGAUUCUGACCAAGGGCCUAAGUUUCGCCAGCGGCGGUACUUCUACUACCUCACCGGCGCCGACCACGCCGGCUGCGCCGUAACCUACGACAUUACAAGAGACCGGCUGAUCCUUUGGAUCCCGUACACGGAUCCGCGCAAGGUGCUCUGGUACGGCCGUGGGCCGAGCAUCGAGGCGUGCAAAGAUGCGUCGGAUGUCGACGAUGUGCGGUAUAUCGCCGGGCUGCCGCGGUACUUGAACAACUCGCUCGACCCCGGCGCGACGCUGUACGUCCUGCAUCCGGAGCAGGCGCCGCAGUUCGAUCGAACCAAGGGGACCGUGGUGAUUGAUUCGGUUAAGUUGCAAGCGGCGAUGGAUCGCGCACGGGUGAUCAAGACGCAGUAUGAGAUUGAGAUGAUUCGGAGAGCGAAUGCAGUUUCGAGCGCCGCCCAUAAGCUUGUCCAGUCCCGUCUCUCUUGCCUACAAAACGAGCGCGAAAUCGAUGCCAUCUUCCGAGGCUACUGCAUCGCCCACGGCGCGCCGACCCAAGCCUACCCGGUCAUCGCGGCCGCCGGCCCAGCAGCCAGCACUCUUCACUACGAAGAGAACGACCAGCCCCUCCCCGGCAAGCAGCUCGUUGUGCUGGACGCGGGAGCAGAGUGGAAGUGCUAUGCCAGUGAUAUCACACGUACUCUGCCGCUGACGGUAUCGGGUAACGGGUUGGGAUUCACCAAGGAGGCCGAAGAAAUUUAUACCCUCGUGCUGAAGAUGCAAAGGGAGUGUAUUGACCUCGUGGCUCCGGGAGUCGAUUUCGCAGCUAUUCACCUCCACGCUUGUCGAGUUGCGCUUAAGGGUCUGAUGGACCUCAACAUUCUCGGACGUCCCGGAGUUUCCUUCGACGAGAUCUGGCACCGAGGCACUGUCGCCGCAUUCUUCCCACACGGCCUUGGGCACCACGUCGGGCUGGAGGUACACGACGUGAGCGGCGAUCAGAGGUUGCUCAUGUUGCCGGAGUAUGUCUCGUCUGUUCCCUUCCCGGCAGCAGGCCCAUCCCGCGCAGCGAUCUGGGAGUCGUGCGGGGUCUUAAUCGGCGCCGGGGUGCUAAACAGGCGCAGGUCGGGCGUUGGAAGGAAGAGGCAGUGCGUGACGGCAGAGAUGUUAGCUACUCUGGUCAGGACAUAUGACGCCCCUUCGACUACCCUCCGAACCAAGUACGGGGCCGGAUCAGAAAAGAUCCAGCAAGGCCCCUCCUCCGACCCGACGAAACGCAAAGGACAGAUCCUGCAAGGGAACAUGAUUGUCACGAUCGAGCCGGGAAUUUAUUUCUGCCGGGAGUAUAUCACGGCGUACUUUUUAAAUGAUGCGCUGCAUGGGGGGUAUAUCAAUAAAGAGGUGUUGGCGAGGUAUUGGGAUGUUGGAGGGGUCAGGAUUGAGGAUGAUAUCCUGGUGACGGAGGACGGGUGGGAGAACUUGACGAAUGUGCCGAAGGAGGUUGGGGAGCUGCUUGCUGCUGUUAAUGGGUUGUGA